AUGCUUACAUUUUAUAUACAUAGGCAAGGACUCAAGAAAAGUCUCCAUCGCAAUACAACCCAGUUGAUGCAAAAGACUGGGGCGAUGGAGAAGACGGUUGAUAAUCGAUUCGAAGAGGAGGAACGACGUAUCAAAAAUCUACAAGCCAAAACUGAAAAGCUCAACAAAGAAGCUAAAGGUUACUUGAAUUCGCUUCGAUCAAUGAUAAGCGCUCAAACGCGUAUUGCCGAAACUGUUGAUCAUUUCUAUCAGGGUUCGAGUGACAAUAACUACACUGGGUCUAGAUAUAAACAAGUGGCUGACCAACUUGAUGUUGAUUGUAAAGAGUUAUUGGUAGAGCCAUAUAAAACCACUGUAUCAGAGCCAAUAAAUAGAUUCAGCGGAUACUUUCCAGAAAUAAACGAUGCCAUCAAAAAACGAAACAAAAAGCUGCUAGACUAUGACUCUCAACGAGCCAAAGUGCGUAAACUAGUUGAAAAACCCUCUUCUGAUGAUCCCGACAAAUUACCACGGGCUGAGCAACAGCUCAAUGAGGCUAGAGAAAUCUAUGAAUCUCUCAAUAACCAACUUGUCACCGAGAUGCCUGAACUCGUGGACCUUCGAGUACCAUAUCUAGACCCAUCAUUCGAAGCCUUGGUGAAAAUUCAAUUGCGGUUCUGCCAAGAGAGUUAUGACGCAUUUGGAAGCUUGAAUAGUGAAUUCCCGUCUGAUAGAGAAGUCGAUGGUAAGGUUGAGGAGGUAUUGCAACAGAUGAAAGAUUUAACCAUUUGUGGCAUGGGAUAA